AUGGCUGACAUUAAGGCUACUACCGCUAACGGCAGCGAGGCUGCUCCUGCUGGUGCUCGCGUCGGUGCUUGGACCGAUGCUGCGCGCUUCCAGCUUGUCCUUCGCGUGCUUGCGACUGUGCUCCCCGAGGGCAAGGGCGUCGAGUGGAAGAACGUGAGCAUGGAGGGCCGCACUACGAAGGCCCUGCAGGGCCAGUGGACUGCUAUCGUCGCUCAGAUGCGUGAGCUCAACACUGGCGAGAACGGAGAGGCUCCUGCCCCGAAGCCCAAGACUCCUCGCAAGACUGCCGCCAAGAAGAAGGCCGUCACUACUGCCGAGGAUGAUGAGGAGGCCAACGGCGACCAAGAGGGCAGCGAGGAGACCAAGGCGGUCACUCCCAAGAAGCGCGCUGCUUCCACCACCGCCGACGGAACUCCCAAGAAGCGUCGCACCCCGGCUAAGAAGGCGGCCCAGGUCAAGGCCGAGGCCGAUGCCGAGGCCGAGGAGGCUGAGGCUAAGGUUGAAGCUGAUAAUGAGGCCCAGGCUGAGACCAAGGAUGAGAAGGAUGGCGAGCAGUAG